AUGGAUAUCCGCCUCCUCAAGCCCGCCGACCUCCCCCUCAUACAGCACGCCAACCUCGAGAACCUGCCCGAGAACUACUUCCUAAAGUACUACCUCUACCACGCCCUCUCGUGGCCCCAGCUCAGCUAUGUCGCCGUCGACGUCUCCCGCCCCAAGCGCACCCCCUACGACUACCCCAAGAUCGUCGGCUACGUCCUGGCCAAGAUGGAGGAGGAGCCCACCGACGGCGUCGCCCACGGCCACAUCACCAGUCUCAGCGUCAUGCGCACCCACCGCCGCCUAGGUAUCGCCGAGAAGCUGAUGCGCCAAAGUCAACUCGCCAUGGUCGAGACCUUCGGCGCCCAGUACGUCUCCCUCCACGUCCGCGUCUCCAACCAGGCCGCCAUCCACCUCUACCGCGACACCCUCGGCUUCAAGAACGAAAAGACGGAGAGCAAAUACUACGCCGACGGCGAGGACGCCUACUGCAUGAAGCUCGACCUGAGCUACAUCCGCGAGCAGAUCCAGGACGAGCGCGACCGCGAGGAGGAGGAAGGCGCUACAGGUGAAGCCGCAGACGAGGGUGAAGCCGUGGGCGACGUCGGGCGCGAUCCGAAUGCGCCCGCCGCUGAUAAGAAGCGCAAGGUCAAGGUCGGUCGCGGGUUGGGUGUUGGGGAGCUUGUUGAGAAGAAUGAGAGUAAGAACUAA